GCUCAAGGCCUCCAGCUUUAAUUGUGUGCAAAGAAACAUUGGUCAAUGAGAAACAACUUUGUGCUGGAUUUAACAGCACACAACUGAAGCAACAAAUGUCGAUUGGGAAUUCCAAUGAAUCCCUUUGCAAUUUCAACAUCUCUGAAUAUGCCUGUUCCUCAACAACCCUUCUGUCAGCGGACAACUUGGUGACGAUCCUGAAAUGCCAAUUGUCCAGCAAAAAGACUUACUCAACAGAAAUGUGGAAGCUGUUCUUCCAAAACAAUGCUGCUAUUCUGGACCAGGCUCUUCUGGAUUACUCCAGCAUGAACCCCAACACCAGCAGUCCAGCUAUGCCAAAUGUCCUUGAUGCCAUUGGAGAUGUCAAACUCAACAACUUCAUGAAUGCACAGCUGAACAACGCCAGCUUCGUUGACAAGUUGUUCCAGAAGAUGCUCCGUCCAUUCUUGGCAUCUCCAUCUAGGAAUUUCCUCUCCUGUCUCAGCUCAAAGAACUUCAGUUGUCAGACCUACCAAAUUGUCAUUGAGACUCUAAGCAACCAAUCAGCCUCCAUGGACAGAGAGCAACAACGAGUGAUCUUCACUCAUUACAUCUAUCCAUUCCUUUCAAGAAAUGACUCAUCAGAUCCCGGCUGUGUCUCAAACACCAGUGGAAGCAUGGACUGGCUCCAGAGGAACUUUGGCAUCUUUUCUGUUUUUGCAGAACUGCAGGAGUUACAAGUCCUUAAUCCCGACUUCUCCAGCGUAAGUGGCCUAGGUGUUUGUCUGGAUGGUUAUCCCCUCAAUAACAUUACCAAGGAAUCAAUGUCGCUGCUUACCCCAACCCAAGUGGCACAAUUGACAUUGACCUCUGGGGCAUUGAAUGACACAGAUGACAUUAAACUUGUGUUUAUGCGGCUGGAGGAAGGAGACGCUUUCAAAAAUGUUGACGAGUUUCUGACGCAACUGACCGCAAAGGAAGAGAUUCCUGACAUCCAUCCAGCCGUGAGAGAUGUGAUGAUGAAUCAGACGUUCAACAUCAUCAGCCUUCAAUUCCCAGAGUUCGAAACGCUGGACUGGAUUGCAUGGUUCGAAGUAAAGCUGAUUCCCAUCCUCCCCAGUUUGAAUGAAGUCAUGCUCACCAUUGCUACCUCAAACGUCAACUGCACCAACUACCAAGUCAUUGUAAAUGGAAUGGACAGAGCUUUCCCUGAAAUGACUCAGGAUAGAAGAGAAGGAAUCGCAAGAGUCCUGCUGAAAUACCUGAGGAAAUCUGUGCACCUCAUCAAUGGACCAGCUUGCAGGCAGGACAUCCACGAUGACAAUGACUGGCUUGCAAUCAACCUGGGUUCAUACUCCGAGUACACAACCUAUUCGGAUCUCAAAGACUUCAACAUCUCAGGGGUGGCAGUUCUAGACUCCCUCUCACCAAACCAGAAAGCUGAAUUGAUACUGGACCCAAGCACUGGCGCUCUGGAGAAUGAGACUCUUGUGAAGAACGUUUUCAUCAGCUUGCUGGAAUCUCCAAGGGAAGAGCAGCUCAAUGAGUUCUUUGUGACUUUUGUUGAAGUCACCAAGCAGGAAAACAUCACUAUCAUCACAAACACAGCCGUAAGAGACACAAUGCUAGACCUGACCUUGAUGGCUCUUGCUCCCAAAUUCGACGUUUUUGAGCCAAAAGACUUCCAGCUGUGGUUCCAAGUCAAUCUGGUUGUUCUGCUGGCCAGCUUCCAUCCUGGCAGAUUGGUUGAUAUCCCCCUAAACAUCACCUGUGAAUCCUACAAUGCCAUAUUUACGGGUCUCGACCAAAGUUUGGAAUCUCUUCCGCCUCACCUCUCACAGGGUGUAAAGGCAAGCUUGGAUGCACUGAUGAAGACAUUCCAACGUUGCUCAAGGCCUCCAGCUUUAAUUGUGUGCAAAGAAACAUUGGUCAAUGAGAAACAACUUUGUGCUGGAUUUAACAGCACACAACUGAAGCAACAAAUGUCGAUUGGGAAUUCCAAUGAAUCCCUUUGCAAUUUCAACAUCUCUGAAUAUGCCUGUUCCUCAACAACCCUUCUGUCAGCGGACAACUUGGUGACGAUCCUGAAAUGCCAAUUGUCCAGCAAAAAGACUUACUCAACAGAAAUGUGGAAGCUGUUCUUCCAAAACAAUGCUGCUAUUCUGGACCAGGCUCUUCUGGAUUACUCCAGCAUGAACCCCAACACCAGCAGUCCAGCUAUGCCAAAUGUCCUUGAUGCCAUUGGAGAUGUCAAACUCAACAACUUCAUGAAUGCACAGCUGAACAACGCCAGUUUCGUUGACAAGUUGUUCCAGAAGAUGCUCCGUCCAUUCUUGGCAUCUCCAUCUAGGAAUUUCCUCUCCUGUCUCAGCUCAAAGAACUUCAGUUGUCAGACCUACCAAAUUGUCAUUGAGGCUCUAAGCAACCAAUCAGCCUCCAUGGACAGAGAGCAACAACGAGUGAUCUUCACUCAUUACAUCUAUCCAUUCCUUUCAAGAAAUGACUCAUCAGAUCCCGGCUGUGUCUCAAACACCAGUGGAAGCAUGGACUGGCUCCAGAGGAACUUUGGCAUCUUUUCUGUUUUUGCAGAACUGCAGGAGUUACAAGUCCUUAAUCCCGACUUCUCCAGCAAGGAAUCACUGUCGCUGCUUACCCCAACCCAAGUGGCACAAUUGACAUUGACCUCUGGGGCAUUGAAUGACACAGAUGACAUUAAACUUGUGUUUACGCGGCUGGAGGAAGGUGACGCUUUCAAAAAUGUUGACGAGUUUCUGACGCAACUGACCGCAAAGGAAGAGAUUCCUGACAUCCAUCCAGCCGUGAGAGAUGUGAUGAUGAAUCAGACGUUCAACAUCAUCAGCCUUCAAUUCCCAGAGUUCGAAACGCUGGACUGGAUUGCAUGGUUCGAAGUAAAGCUGAUUCCCAUCCUCCCCAGUUUUAAUGAAGUCAUGCUCACCAUUGCUACCUCAAACGUCAACUGCACCAACUACCAAGUCAUUGUAAAUGGAAUGGACAGAGCUUUCCCUGAAAUGACUCAGGAUAGAAGAGAAGGAAUCGCAAGAGUCCUGCUGAAAUACCUGAGGAAAUCUGUGCACCUCAUCAAUGGACCAGCUUGCAGGCAGGACAUCCACGAUGACAAUGACUGGCUUGCAAUCAACCUGGGUUCAUACUCCGAGUACACAACCUAUUCGGAUCUCAAAGACUUCAACAUCUCAGGGGUGGCAGUUCUAGACUCCCUCUCACCAAACCAGAAAGCUGAAUUGAUACUGGACCCAAGCACUGGCGCUCUGGAGAAUGAGACUCUUGUAAAGAACGUUUUCAUCAGCUUGCUGGAAUCUCCAAGGGAAGAGCAGCUCAAUGAGUUCUUUGUGACUUUUGUUGAAGUCACCAAGCAGGAAAACAUCACUAUCAUCACAAACACAGCUGUAAGAGACACAAUGCUAGACCUGACCUUGAUGGCUCUUGCUCCCAAAUUCGACGUUUUUGAGCCAAAAGACUUCCAGCUGUGGUUCCAAGUCAAUCUGGUUGUUCUGCUGGCCAGCUUCCAUCCUGGCAGAUUGGUUGAUAUCCCCCUAAACAUCACCUGUGAAUCCUACAAUGCCAUGUAA